GUCUUGGAAAAUGUCAUUGGGAUCUCUUGAAGUUUCUUAGAAAAACUGUUUGGCACAAGGGGGAAAAAAAACAGAAACCAUCAACCGCCCAUAAUUUUCCCUCAUUAAAUUCUCCACAACCUUGACCUUUGGCUGCUAAACAGAAGAACGAAAAAAGAAAAAAGAAAAAAGAAAAAAGACACGCAGCGCACAAGUUAAAACCUUCUCAAACUCUCUUUCGUCAAAACGCGUCCAUUGGAUCCAUCAACGCACGCCAAACAUCUCGUCUUUUCGCGUUUCCGUUGGUGGUUUUUCGUUUUCCUCAGUGUUCCUUCAGUGAUUUUCUUCUGGGUCUGUGAAAAGCUCGGUGCUUUGUUUCGGAAGCACCGACAUUGGGGAACUGUGUGAUGGUGAAAGCGGAGAUUGAGAAAAAGGGUUGCAGCACAAGACGAUGGCUUUGGCUUGUGAUGGCUCUCGUCGCCGUGUUUGUUGCCAUGGCCAUGUCUUCCAGAACCUCUCCAAAAGCUCUGUUUGGAGCCAUUGAUAGAGCUUGUCCGUGUGCUCGGGGCACACCGAAGUACAGUGGCAUGGUGGAAGAUUGUUGUUGUGAUUAUGAGACCGUGGAUCGUCUUAAUGAAGAAGUGUUGCACCCCUCCCUCCAGGAGCUCGUGAAGACCCCUUUCUUUCGAUAUUUUAAGGUGAAGUUAUGGUGUGACUGCCCUUUCUGGCCUGAUGAUGGCAUGUGCCGGUUGCGGGACUGUAGUGUGUGUGAAUGCCCUGAAAGCGAGUUCCCCGAAUCAUUUAAGAAGCCUGACCAUCGCCUUUCAAUGACUGAUCUUGUUUGUCAAGAAGGAAAACCUCAGGCAGCUGUUGACCGUACUUUAGACAGUAAAGCUUUCAGAGGAUGGACAGAAAUAGACAAUCCAUGGACAAAUGACGAUGAGACUGACAAUGAUGAGAUGACAUACGUGAAUCUUCAACUGAAUCCCGAAAGAUAUACUGGUUAUACUGGUCCAUCAGCAAGAAGGAUAUGGGAUGCUGUCUACUCAGAGAACUGCCCCAAAUAUCCAUCUCAAGAGUUAUGCCAUGAGGAAAAGAUUUUGUAUAAAUUGAUAUCCGGUCUUCACUCCUCCAUAUCAAUUCACAUAGCUUCUGAUUAUCUACUUGAUGAAGCCACAAAUUUGUGGGGCCAAAAUCUUACUUUGAUGUAUGAUCGAGUCCUAAGAUACCCUGAUCGUGUCAGAAAUUUGUAUUUCACUUUUCUCUUUGUUCUGCGAGCAGUAACCAAAGCUUCAGAUUAUCUGGAACAGGCAGAGUAUGAUACCGGUAACCCCAAUGAGGACCUUACGACACAAUCCUUGAUAAAACAGCUACUUUACAACCCCAAGCUUCAAGCUGCAUGUCCAAUUCCGUUUGAUGAAGCUAAUUUGUGGAAAGGCCAAAGUGGACCUGAGCUAAAACAGAAAAUUCAACAACAAUUCAGAAACAUCAGUGCAAUGAUGGAUUGUGUAGGAUGUGAGAAAUGUCGAUUAUGGGGCAAACUUCAGGUUCUUGGUCUCGGAACUGCAUUAAAGAUUCUCUUCUCUGUUGAUGGUCAAGAAAACUCGAGUCAUACACUGCAGCUGCAAAGGAAUGAGGUAAUUGCAUUGACGAACCUUCUCAAUCGACUCUCAGAAUCUGUCAAAUUCGUCCAAGAAAUGGGACCUACAGCUGAAAGAAUCAUGGAAGGAGGACAUUUUUCUGCUCAUACAAGAACAUUGAUUAGCUCAUGGAAAAAAAUUUGGUCCUAUGUAUCUAAAACUUAGGCUAUAAUUGGUGACAGUUCUGUUUUUAAUUAUUCAAAUUACUAGAGAGACUAGACAUAGGAAAACCACCGUCGUGGUUUGGAAAUUUUCUGAGGGAUGUGAAACAAAUGUACUUAGAAUGUCUCAAAAUUAAAAAUAAACACAAGGAGAAAAUUUACUGAGAGUAAUAGAAGAUAUAUUUUUACUUGGGAAUGAGAUGUAAUCCCCUUAUCCCCACUAAUUUUGUUGAACAGUUUUUUUUGUACAAUUUUUUUUUUUUGUAAUUCAAUUAGCACACUCCUUUCCCCUU